CUCUUCUCACUGCUCGGCGUUCAUCAUUCUACACCUCUAGUCCAAAUCUUUCGGUCGUAAGGGCAUACUCUCACAAGACCCAUCCUACAAGGUACGUUGGGCUGCAAGGUCAGUAGAGGACUAUCUACAUGAUCAACGAGAUAGAGAGAAAAGGAAGUCUGAGGGGUUGAUACCGGUCGUCCGAGGCGUGUGCUUGCGAUGAGAGGAGAGAGAGAAAGGUAUAAGAAGAGCAGACUGGUCGCCAGAAGAUCCAACAGAACAACCACAAGCAUCUCUCUUCUUCAUACCUUCCCAUCAAAACUUGACAUUCUCCACCAACUUAUCAACCUCCAACACCUCAAAUCAUCACCAUGAAGGUCUUCGCCAGCAUUCUCGCCAUCGCCGCUAUUGCCUCUGCAGCCGCAACUCCCGACAUGAAGCGCCGCAGCGCAGUCCUCGCAAGCCGCGAUGCCUCAGACCUCUGCGGUCCCCUUGACACACCCAUGUGCUGCGGUACCGACGUCCUUGGUCUCGCCGACCUGUCAUGCUCUUCCGUCCCCAGCGAUGUUACAACCACAGAUGACUUUACUGCCUACUGCGGCGCCGAGGGCCUAUCUUCUCACUGCUGUGUUACUUCUCUGCUUGGCAGUCUCGGUGUCGCAUGCGCCGCCGCUUGAGUACGGACGAUGAUCAUGUCAUAAUG